UGCCGGGAGGAUGGCAGCGCCAGCGGAGCCCAGCCGCCGAAUCCGCCCGCUGCUGCCCGGGCUGUAGCCAGGUUGUGAAUGCAGAUUCAGAGAUCCAAACUGGACCAGCUUGAACAGCUGAGUGUCAAGGGAAAGCCGAAUAAACGCAGCACUACAUCUGGCUGGAGCUUCAGCCACACCUGACCGCAUCACUGCAGAAACUGGGAAAUAUAAGUGAAACUGAAGCACUUCUGAAGCAAGUGCAGCUCCUGACAUUUGCACCGCAGGAAGCGAUGGAAUUAUGCAGGAGAGCAAGAAGUAUUUGGCAGAUUUGACCACGCUGUGGGGAAGGGAAGUGUCUCAUUCUUAGCAGGAAUGUGCAACUAUUUACUCUUGGAAAGGGGGAGUGCCAUGAGAUCUAUUGAAGUGAUUGUCUGUUUGUGGUUGUUGCAAAUCGCUUUGCAGCCCUUCUGGGACUGAAAUAGUACGGGUCCAUUGGGGCAAAUCAUAUGUUGGACAGUGUUAUUUUUUUAAAGUCUCUGCUCUUUGAGGCUACACCUGGUACAAGCAUUGAUACUGCAGCUCCUUUUAGCAGGCAGAGAGAGGGAGAGAGGGGGCAGAGGUCAGAAAGAAAAAAAAGUCCUCAAAAUCUCCCUUUUUGCUAGGCUGUUCUGUACCAUGGGAUGUAGGCAAAGCUCUGAGGAGAAAGAGGCAGCGCGGCGGUCCCGAAGGAUUGACCGCCACCUGCGCUCUGAGAGUCAGCGACAACGACGUGAGAUCAAGCUCUUACUUCUUGGCACUAGUAAUUCUGGGAAAAGCACCAUCGUCAAGCAGAUGAAAAUUAUUCACAGUGGUGGCUUUAAUUUAGAGGCUUGCAAGGAGUACAAGCCUUUGAUUAUCUAUAAUGCUAUUGACUCCCUCACACGCAUUAUCCGCGCUCUGGCCACCCUUAAGAUUGAGUUUCACAAUCCUGACAGAGCCUAUGAUGCAGUGCAGCUUUUUGCUUUGACAGGCCCAGCUGAAAGCAAAGGUGAGAUCACACCUGAGCUGCUUGGUGUCAUGAAAAGACUCUGGGCUGACCCCGGUGUGCAAGAGUGUUUCUGUCGCUCCAAUGAGUACCACUUAGAGGACAAUGCUGCCUAUUACUUGAAUGACCUCGAAAGGAUUGCAGCAUUGGACUAUAUUCCUACAGUUGAAGAUAUUCUGCGCUCUCGGGACAUGACUACAGGGAUUGUGGAAAAUAAGUUUACCUUCAAAGAGCUGACUUUCAAAAUGGUGGAUGUGGGUGGGCAGAGAUCUGAGCGCAAAAAAUGGAUCCAUUGUUUUGAGGGGGUUACAGCAAUAAUUUUCUGCGUGGAGCUGAGUGGAUAUGACUUGAAGCUGUAUGAAGAUAACCAAACAAGCCGAAUGGCAGAGAGUCUUCGCCUUUUUGACUCCAUUUGCAACAACAACUGGUUUAUCAACACCUCCCUCAUCCUUUUCCUGAAUAAGAAGGAUCUACUGGCAGAAAAAAUUCGCCGCAUCCCUCUAACAGUUUGUUUUCCUGAGUACAAAGGCCAAAACACUUAUGAGGAGGCAGCUGUCUAUAUCCAACGGCAGUUUGAGGAUUUGAAUCGCAACAAGGAGACCAAGGAGAUCUAUUCGCAUUUCACUUGUGCUACGGAUACCAGUAAUAUCCAGUUUGUGUUUGAUGCGGUGACAGAUGUCAUCAUCCAGAACAAUCUCAAGUACAUUGGCCUUUGCUAAGGAGCCAUGCAAAUGUGUUUGGUUUCUCAAGGUGAUGCAAAAGAGGCCAACUGCCUGUCCUGCCAAUUGAAAUACCAGGGCAGCGUUUGGAAGACCGAGUCAUGGAAGGGAGAAAUAUGAAGUAUGUUCACAGAUCCCUUUAGCUGCCUAAAUACAUUUUUUUGCAAAAAAAAAAAAAGUUAAAUGUUUUGGAAUGUGCAAGGCCUCUCUCUAAAUGGUGAGGUUUUAAACUGUAUGGAAAUGUUUUCACUACUAUUACCACACCACUGGUUCAUUCUAUGUGUUUAAUUUAUUUUUCCUGAGAUGGUAACACUAUCCUAUUCUGUGUAAGAGACAGAUCGUUGUCUUUGCUGUCUUAGAAACCAUUUAAUGUCAAGGAGAUGCAGAGCUGGUUUAGUGGGAGAGAGGGCUUAUGUUGUGGUUCUUUUUCCUUCUAAGAGGUUAGAGAACUGUCAUACCUACAAAUAUUGAUUCUUAACAACAUCCUGAUUCACAGUCAGUAGAUGCAUAUAAAGACGGAUCAUGUAUACAAAAGAAAACAACUUGCAGCAGGUACAGAGUACAUACUAAGUAAACAUGUUGUCUUUGCAUCAUAGGUACUCGUAUUCUGCCUGUUGGAAGAGUUGAUAGUGCAGAAGAGUGCUGUGAGUUCCUAUCCAACCUGUAGCCCUUUUUGCUGUUUAGGCCUUCAAAAUAUGCAGCAAAAAAAGAUAAAUGAAAGAAAUUAUUAAAUAAAGACUAGGCCAAAUUACGGUCAGUGUUUCUUCUACCAGAGAGGAAUUUUAUACAUCAAAAGUCUUCUUUUACAUCCUUUUUUUUUUGCCAAAUAAUUGUGCUCUUUCACAAAAACUCUAAAAGUUUAAUAAGUGGUUGGGUGUUCUUUUUUUAAAAAAAAGUACAGAUAUAUAUCAAAAAGAAGACAUUUUGGAAAAUAUUGUUUUGUGUCUGGAUUUAUGAGUGUGCCAAUGGACAAAUCUAUUAUGUUGCUCCAAGGAAAUUCUGAGACAUAUGGCAACAUUUACAACAGCCUUUCCAAAAACAGGAGCCAAUGAAACUGUACAAUAUAGCCUUUUCUCUUCUUUUUUUGGUGUUUUUUAUUUUUAAACUAUGUGCUGUAAUUACUAGGUGAACAGAUGAGUGAUAUGAACAAUACCUAAAUGUCUUGAUAUUUAAAUUUUUAAAAUUAAAAAUGCAGUUUAGUGAAAUUAAAUAAGUUGAAGCAAUGCAUUCUUCGGCUUCCUUUCAUCCUGUAUACAAAUAAUACUGGAUGGUGUAUUAUUCUAGCAAAUUUUCAAGCAAGUUUGAAUGCCCAAGAAACUGUGUGAUAUAACUAGAAACACUCACACAGAUGCACAGCCAUUGGUGAUGCUACUCUCCUCACCUUCCUCGGGUCCCAUGCAAAAGAUGUCUUAGAGGAUUCAGAACUACACGUGUAAAUAAAUAUUCAAGAACUGUAAAGCACAUAAAUGUGUUCACACUUUCUGUCACAUACACACAUAGCAAGAAUUCAGGGAGAAUCUUCUUCUCCCUCCUUCUGUUUCCCACUUGUGUAAAAAUUUAGUGCAAAUUCUCAGCCAAGGGCUCUAAGAAAAAUAUAGAAACAAUGAAUGAAAAUGCAGUUACAGGCUGUUCACUUCAAGAAAAUAAAUCAUCUGAAUGAUCCCAACUA